AUGAGGGCACCAAUAAAUCUUUCUUAUUCUGGCAAUGGCCCUGAUAUGUUUGGGCUGGUGUCAAGCAUUUUGGAGGAGCCAAACAAGCCUGAACCAGUUACAGAUUGGAAUUCUCUUUCAAGGUUGUUUCCCCCCAUGUGGGCGCCUGACCUGGGAAGCAACGGGGGAUUCCCAGCCAAGCACCCUGUGGAAAGCAGGGAUUUCCCAAGCCUGCUGGGGAGGACACAGAGCUGCCACCAGGAGCAGCUGCAGAAACCUCCUGAUGUGGAGAUGCUGCCCAGAGGUUUGGAAGAUCUCCAGCUCAUCCAGUCUUGGCUUUCUCCACCCCGCCCUCGCCCUCAGCCCGACGGCGUCCCGAGCAACAGCUACCCUGAAAAUUCCUCCUUGCAAAACAACAAUAGCAACAGGAUUCCCCAGGAAGGGUUUUCUUUUCACGGGGUGAACUUUAACCAGCAUCUGUGCAGCUACGACCACGUGAGGCUCAGUGGGGACCACGAAAAAUUCGGCUCCAAUUUUGGCCCUUUUUCUUCUCAGAGCAGGCUGAAAGAAGGCACUAAUGCUCAGAAGGAGUACUGGAAGAGUGAAAGGGCAAGAGGAAAAGCCCUGAAAAAUUAUGCUCAAGAACAAACUAAGUGUUCCCCUGAUCUUUGCAAGCAGCCCUUUGAUAACUCUUGGGAUAAAGUAUCCCAGGACAACCACUGGCUUCCUAAAAGGUAUGAAAACGUUGGAUCUGCUCACAAACUGCAGUCAGCUCUCCAUCCAUCACUAUAUUUUUUCAACCAAGUCCCUAAUGAAGAUAAAUUCCCUGGAGAAACAGCCAGGAAACCCCAGGAAACCCACGUGCAAAACGGCCACUGUGGCUUUCCUUUGGGGAGUGCUUUUAAUAAUAAUAAUAACGAAUGUAAGGUUAAUGUUGGUCCGAAAGAAUUCUCUCCUAAAGCAGCUGAGUGGGAUUUAUCUGUGAAAAACGUUGUGCAGAACGGGAGCUAUUCAUCAUACCAUGGAUGUGCGUGGCUGGAUGGGAAAGGUCUGGCAGCUGGACUGGAUAUUCCCUACGGAAAACAGGUCACAAGCCCACAGUCGUCUUCAGGGGUUUCAACCGUGUCUGGGGGUUCUCCCACCCAUCAGUCCUCUUACUACUCACAGCUCCUACCUGUCCUCCCUCCCAGGAAAGAUGGAAGGUUACAAUUAUCAAAUGGUUUUUCUGAUAACUUGGGGCUUUCUAAUUUCACCUCAGAAAACCAGAAGCAGGUGAAACCCGUUGGGCAAUCCCAGCAGGAUUCACUGACUAAUAAGGAGGGGCCGUACCAUAAAUUCCCUGUUGAUUCCUCAUCUGACUGGGUGAUGCAGCAGAAGGCUGUAAGUGAAGACCCUGAGAAAUACCACAGGUUUCCAAAAAAGCAGAGCCAGGAAAACUGCAGUAGAGAUGACAGGAGAGGCAGAAGGAAUUGGAUUCCUCAUUUGGGGUGCACCGCCCCAAACUGCCCUCCCUUCAGUAUGUUCCCAAAAAAGCACGGUGAGAAUGGUGGCAGCCUGUCAGACUUCAUCAACCCUUCUUUUCUUCCUUCUUUCCCCUUAGUGUCUGAUUUUAAGCAGAACCCCAGCCUGCCUCUGUUUAAUCCCCAUCUGCUUCCAUCAGCCAAUAAUUUGGGGUUUCCCCCGUCGCCGUUCCCCUUCUCGGAACUCGUUGACCUUUUCCACUGCGACGACUUGAACCCCCUGAGCCCCUUCCUCAAUGACCUGUUCUGUGGGGAGGUGGCUGCCCCCUACGUGGCCUUCCCACCCCCGUUUCACAAGUACAGACCCCCAAGGAACCGCAGUGGACCUGCUAAUGAGCUUCACAUCCGACUGGAGGAGUGUUACGAGCAGUGGAGAGCUUUGGAGAAGGAGAGGAAGAAGGCUGAAGCUGACCUGGCAAGACACUUCCCAGGGAAGUGCACACCCAGCUCCAACAACCCCCCCGUGUCCCGACUCCCUGCCAACCCAUCCCGGGUGGAUCGUUUGAUCGUCGACCAGUCGCGGGAACAAGCCAGGGUGGUGGCGUUGAUAGGAACGAUGGAGAGGCUUCGUGGUGCCCCCCUGCACAGGAACAUAUCCACGGCCUUGGAGCACCACAUGGAAGCCAUCCAUGGGACACGGGCCCGUCGGAAGGAUGAGAUUGUUAAUGCUGCUAAUCCCCAGAGACACGGAGUGCCACGCUCUAGCCAUGAGAAAGAUGUCCUGGCUCUGGCAGCUGCCAUCAGGGCUCUGGCUGGUGCCACGCGCCGGGCUCGCACCGCGCUCUGGUGCGCGGCACAGAUGACUUUACCGACAAAAACCCCUCCUGCUGGACCAGAGAAACAAGGAGCUGUUCAAAGGGCAUUGCAGGAGCUUUCUCCUCUGAGCACAAGCACACAAGAACAAAGCAGUGUGGAGCAAGGAAAGCCUGAGGAACCUGCGAGGAUUGUGGAAUAACGGGGAAUAAGAGCGGCGACAAAAGGGGGGAGAGGCUGAGGAGGGGGAGGGAAGGACUCAGGGUCCUGCACAGCACCUUGGGGAGGGGGUUUUGAUGGGAUGUGAGAAAGCAAAAGGGUUGAUUCAUGUGCCUGGUCAGUGCUGCAGUUCUGUUACUGUGAUUCUGGUGUUGGGAGACACUUCUUGUGGCAGUGUUAAUGCAGUUUUAAUGUCGCUGGUAUUGCGGGAAGGAUUUCGAUGAUGAGAGGAACUAAACAAUAGCUGAGCA